AUGCCUCCUUCUCAGCCACCCCAUUGGGCCCCAUCUCCAUCUCCGUCUGCAUCUCCGUCUGCAUCUCCGACCCCAACGCCCACACCAAUACUCAACAAAUCAUUCCUACCACCGCCGUCCAACACGCCGGCGGUUGACUUCAGUCCCCCUCUCAUAGCAAUGGUCGUUGUAGUCGCCGCUGCCUUUCUCGUCGUAACCUAUUCUCGUCUCAUCGCGCGCCACCUCAGGCCGCCCAUCCACCGCCUCCUACACCGCUUCCGGCGGCGGCGAUUCCCCCCUUCUUCCGUUGGCGACCUCGAGUCCUUACCCUACGAGUCUCCCUUUGACGGCCCCCGCGUGUUCUCUCCCUACGGUUUAGACGAAACGGUGAUUAAAACGAUACCGUUUUCGCUAUACACCGCGAAAUACGACGCUCGUUUCGAAGAGUCUCGCAACGACUGCGCCGUUUGCUUGCUGGAAUUCGAAGACGAAGACUACGUGAGAACGCUUCCCGUUUGUUCACACACGUUCCACGUGGACUGCAUCGACGCGUGGCUUCGCUCGCACGCUAACUGCCCUCUCUGCCGCGCAGGUGUCCUCUGCGCCGAUUCGCCUUUCACUCCUAUGAUGGCCGCAAGAAUCCGACCGAGCCUCGACGACGAUACAAUUCUUCACCGCAUCAGUUUAGACCCUCUCAUCGACCCCCCACCUCCUGUGGCAAUAUCGUCCGUGCCGGAGAUAACACCCUGCAUCGACGAGCAAUCUCCCAGGAGGAACCAGAACCACGCGAACGUCAACUCAGAAGAUUGUUUUAGGGAUUUUCUUCUGAAGAGAUCUUAUUCGUUUGGGUUUGAACGGAGUGUCGCGUCGGAGAGGAUGGUGAUGGAAGCCACCACUGCGUCGCCAUGGCGAUACCGAAGAGGGAGUAAUAGUUUCUGGAGCAAGAGGCCUUCGCCGUUUGGUUCUUUGGGAAAACCAAGGGUGUUUUCGUUUCGGUAUUACAGAGGGAUGAAAUCACCGUUCUUCAGGCGGAGGGGAUUCUUCCCGCUGUCGGAGUCCAGCGUGAGGUAUGGCGGCGGCGGGAGCUCGUCGCGGCGGAGCAAGUCGAUUGCAAGCCCAAUGUUUCUUCGGUCGUCGGGUCUGGCAGCGGCGGCGUUCUCGUCGAGCCGGCUGAGGUGCGGGGACCCCGAGGCGCUGCUGUCGCCCGAGAGAUUUAACCGGAGAUGAUGGAAGGAAGGUAAAAAAAAAAGGUGGGAGAUUUUGUCGAGAAGUGAAAAAGGGCGGCAAGAGGACACGUGGCGGCGGAUGAUUGGUGGAUGGGGGAUGAAAGUUUGAUCGGAGAUGGGUGGAGAGUGGCGGUGUGGGUCAGGUCAAGGAGGAAUUAAAUGGAGGUGGUCGCAUGCGGUUUAAUUUAAUGAGACGGUCUGGCAAUUUGUAGAGAGUCAUUAAUGGAUUGUAGGAAGAGCAUUUAAUGGGAGAGAGAGAAGUAAGACAUUUGAUGGUGAUAAGGGAGAAGAAGAAAGAGUGGUUUUCUCUCUCCCUAUAUUUAUAUAUCUAUUAUUCUCUGUGCCUAUGCUGAGACAGUGUGGUGGGGAGAGAGAGGAAGGUCAUAAAUGAGCAGAGGAUUGGAUGGAGGUUGGAGAAUGGCACGCAGUAGUGUUAAUACUAUUACUACUACUACUUCUACUACUUCUACUACUUCUACUGAUUUAUUACCAGCUCAAUGCCUUGUCUUUCUUCUUCAUGCACUUUCUUUUAUGGCACCGACUGAAUCCCCCAUGUGAAUCCAUUGAAGAUGCAAAACACACAUUAAUAUGAGUUAUGGUGUGACCUAGCUCACUCUGUAUAGGUUUAUGCCCACAGAAGCAAGGCAUUUAUUGUCGCAUUGGGUAUGCUGACAAGCAACAUUGCUUCAUUCGUUUUAGUUUUAGUGCGUGACUCUGCUGUGAAUUCUUUCAUCGUCAGAUAAUUAAUGCCAUUUAUAAGAUUUUGAAUUUGGAAUCUUUUCUGAUCAAUGCGCUUUCAACUUUUUUAUUUUUCAACUCAUAUGGCCGAAAACAAAUACCCUGCUGUAAAUCUUGUCUUUCUACCAAAACAACAAACACUUUUUACUGCCUUAAACACCCUCCUAAUCUAUAUAUGUAAAUCAUGUGCUGUAAAUUUCUCUCUGUCUACCAGAUUUUUCAUCAUUUUCUGCAUUUUAGGAACCAACACUGCUAGUAGCAUUCUUUUUCGUGUCUUUUCCUUUCACCCAUAAUUAGCAAUACUUGUUAACCUCUGUAGCUAUCAAGAACAGACAACACAGUUACUGUUAACUUCACAAUCUGUCUUGAAGCCCAAACCAACUCUUCUGUGAGCUGAAACUGUACAAUCCGGCCCAGUAGAUUUCAAGUUGGUCCAAUCACCAACAGCAUCCGUGGCCCCGAAAAGGAUAUGUAAUUCAUCUGAGACAUGCAUUCACACCAAGUUAAAAGGUUAUAUUAUCAGAAUUCUGUAAUAUAUGUCUUUAGUGGUCACAUGCACUAUUAAUGUUGCAGAAAACAUUAAAGCUGGCGCAACAAGUUAGGUGUGGAUUUUAUUCUGCAUAAUUUAGAUCAACUCAAAUAUUCAAUUGUUUUAUACCGACUCAGCCUAAUCUGCAUUAAUCUGUUUUUAGUAUGAGCAAAAAUGUUUGUACUGUUAUAUAGUAUUGGAAAGUUUGACAAUUGACAUAGAUGUUUGAUAAAGGGUCCACAACAUCAUGUGCUUGGCAAUAAUGAAUAUACUAUCAAGUUAAAAGCAUAGGUUUAGAUUUCAAGAAAAUGCAUGCAUUCCUAUCCAAUCUACGUGAAGGUAGGCCCAUGUCCACUUUCUCACAAUCU